AAAUCAAAUAGUUGUGAUUGUGAAAUAAUCAAGUUAUGUAUGUGUGAUGUGGUGUGAAGCUAAUUCUAUUGUUUAUUGUACUUUCUAUUUGUGUCCUGUUUUUGCAUAUUGCUAAUUAUCUGGCCAACGAGUUCUGCAAAAAGCACUGUUGUACUCGCCCAUCUUAAAUCCCUAAACUUUGCCACAAUGACAAUGGGCGAUGAACUGCCUGUCACUUCUUUGGUUUUGCCCGUUCUUAUUCGUCCUGUGUUAACUCAGUUGGAGAAAUAUGAUUUGGGCGCGUCGCAGACAUUACGAGCAGCCCUUACCAAAGCGGAGGCUGCUGUGCCAGGGCUUAAUUAUGAUUUGGUGGCCGGGAUAAUGCGAAGAGCUGAUAUACCUGUCAAUAUGAACGAGAGUUUACUGCGUUUGCAGGGGGCUCUUACAGAAUCAGAAUGUGCUGAUCUAAGGCUGAACAGGUCUGAGGAGGCAUUCCAAGAAUUAAACAAGAAAUCUACUGCAUUGAAGAAAAUUUUGAGCCGCAUUCCUGAUGAAAUAACAGACAGAAAGACAUUCCUGGAAACUAUUAAGGAGAUUGCAUCAGCUAUCAAGAAGCUGCUGGAUGCUGUCAAUGAGGUGUCUCAAUAUACCCCCGGUCCCGGCAAACAAGUGCUAGAACAAAGGAAAAGGGAAUUUGUCAAAUACUCUAAAAGGUUUUCAAACACAUUGAAGGAGUACUUCAAGGAAGGACAGGCCAAUGCUGUGUUCGUGAGUGCUCUUUAUUUGAUCCACCAAACGAAUCAAAUCUUAUAUACCGUAAAAAAUAAGUCUGAAUAACUUUAUCACUUCUGUAAUAGACUAAUUUGUCUUAAUUUUUCCCGUUCAAGUGUAUUAGUUACAUAUGAAAUAAACAUGGAUAUGGGGUUAAAUACCUAGUUAAUCAAAAGUUUUAUAAAAGUAUAAGUAUAGGAUUUUAGUUUUCGUGUGCAGUCUUAACAUAAAAUAAUAAUUUUACACGUAGGGUUGAUAACAUCAGUCGCCAAAAAUUGUAGAUUGAGUCUUUGAAGUUCUUAAGACAUGGGCAGUAUAGAGCUGGUCAUUGACAGCCAACUUAAUGAAUAUCAUAACACUGUCCCUAGCUUUUACAAUAAUGUUGUGGAAUACAUUUUGGGAGAGUAGGAACACUCAAAUAAUUUUGCCAUAUUAACAUUGAUUGGGAGAUUUGGGAAUUUGAACAUGUUAAAUGGAUAUCUAUUACAAAAAAAUUAUUAUCGAUUGCUAAAACUUAAAUUAUAUUAGGCGACGUCUGAUGGUUAUCAGGUAUUAGUAAAUCGCAAUUUAAAAAUUCUUACAGUUUUUCAUCUUUGUAGGAUAUGUCUACAGUAGGUAUGUGUACCCUAAUGACGUAAAUUCAUAGUUAUUUUUAGAUAUUGGACUAUUUACAUUCGGUUCUUGUUUCAGUAAAAUCAAAGAGGAUAUAAUAUUAUAUAUUAUACAUAGAGCGGUACAGUCCGUUAACUCUCAGAAUGACAUUCGUUUUUCGGGUAAAAUCGGACGUAAUUUUUAUUUUAUAUUUAUUUAUUUAAGGUUUACCAACAAUUGUUGACAUCGAUACAUUAAUAAUGUACUAAGCUAAAACAUGUAAGGAGUGGUGUCACAAUUACUUACAGGUAAACACCGCAUGCAUAACAAAUAUAAGUAAACAACUAUAGUAAUACCUAAAUUUAAACUUAUUUUCUAAUUAUUUAUGUUUCUAAUUAUUUGUGUUUUAAGAAAUAUUUUCGGACAGAUGUUAUAAAUUUAUUUAGUGGGUCACAGUGCAUAUCCGCCUUGUCACAGCAACCAUUAGCAAUUUUACAUAACCUGCAUACUGGAGAGUUAGUGCCUGAAACUGUUCUUCUAAGCGGGGCGUAAAGAGGGGUGAUAGCGUUACGGGGGAAACGAGAUGGAGCACGAAAGUUCAACAACGUCAGCAGUUGCGGACAAUCUAUUUUGUGGUUCACUAACUUGUACAAAAAAGUUGCAUCUAAGAGCGUCCGUCGGUCUUCUAGGGAAUCCAUCUUGAAAUAUUGCAGUUUCCUUUGAUAGGAUAUUGAUCUUUUAGCCAUAACACGUGCCUGAAAAGCUAAGUGACGAGUGAACCUUUUUUGAAUACGCUCUAACCGCAAUGAGUGAGUAGCAUAAUCGAAUCGCGUAAUAGAGAAUGACAGUGUCUUACUACACUAGACUAAUAUUGACCGGGAUAUAGACCGUGAUUACCUUUUGUAUUAUUUGUGAGCUCCCGAUAUGAUAUUUGGACGCAGUUACAUGCAUCAUGUUGACGGGUGGGGUGGGGUAUAUCCCGGUCAAUAUAAGUCUAGUGAAACUAACCGUGAAUCAUUCAAAACUCUAAUGACAUGACAGUGUCUUACUGUUUACUUGCAAUCCAAAACCCAAAGAGUGCAGUCGUCUUUUCAGCCUUAAACUAUAUAGAGUAGUAAAUAACUUAAUUUAAUGGGGACAUCUCAAAAAGAGUAUUUCUGUAAAUGGUCAAUCACGAGAAAUCAUAUAUUAAAGUAUAUAAAUAUUUUUGAAAAGAAGCCGUUUAAGAAAAGUGAUAAUUGUAAAUAUUUUAAUACAAUUCAAGACCGGAUGAUAGAAGUAACAGGAAUUUCAAAAAAUACAUUAAUAAAAAUAUUAAGCGAAGCCGACCAAAAGCCUCCAUCCAUGCCCAUUGAAACGCCAAAGAAAAGGAGACCGAAAAAGGACUUUGUGUUCAAUCUGGAUAGUUUUGAUUACAUGAUUUCCAUAAUAGAUUCAAAGAUCUCCCGAAUUUGAAAAAUUGUAUAAUCUUACCAUAUGAAUUGAAAUAUGUGACUGGUAUUAACAACUCUAUAUAAUUUCCGCCAAAAGUAGUAAAUGACGGUGUGACGUUCUGUUUUCAAAUUACCUCGCGACGAAUUUCAAAUUCUUAUUCUAUUUUAUUUAGAUUAUGACAAAAGGUCAAAUCGCAAUAUAGUCAUCAACCGAAUAUUAAGCAUAACGUCAUUAAAUUAGGGCUUAUUGAGACAAUAGGUAUCCUUAACUUUUUGCGGUAAGUUUAAAACUUUUUGUGACUUAAUAAGAAAACAGAACAGCAGUAUCACCUUCGCGUGUUACCGCCGAUACCCGAUGUAUCUUUCUAAAAUCCGAAGGUCAUUCUGAGAGUUAACGUACUAUACUGUCAUAGUAAAUUUUGUAACCACAGUAAAUUCACUGCCAUCUAUCGACAAACUUUAAAACUAAAAAUGAAAAUCUAUAAAAAUACUAAAAAAGUAUUUAAAUAUGGAUAAAUGUUUUUUUUUAUUUGCAUUAAUUAUUUUUAUUAUUUUGACCCAUGUUCUUUCACUGAUAUGCGUUAAAAUUGUUAAAUAACAAACGAAACCGUCAACGCCCUCUAUUCGAGAGUAGGCCAAAGGUAGUGGCGCCAUCUGAUCGAGAAUCAAAUUUUCGUGAUUUUCGAGGCACGUUUUUUCCUUAGACUGUAUACAUCUAUUACGGAGUUAUAUCUAUCUUUGGUGGAAGUAACCGAAAUAGGCUUUUCUUUGGUAAAAUGCAUACACUAUUAUAUUAUAAUUAUGUAAUACAAUAAUAAUAUGAUGUAUAUUUAUAGAUGCAGUCUGUAAUUAUUAUUUAAAUAAUGCAUAGGUAGGUACAGUUGAAGUAUUUACUUGUGUUUUAAAAUUGUACCUACGAAUCACAAUUUACAAUCGCAUUAUUAUUAUUCAAAUAUCACACUAUAUGUAUACAUAAAUACCGAUCGUGACUGUACAUCGUGUAGACUGUAGCCACUAGCCACUACUCUACAUAACCUAUGACUGUUGUACUUUUACCCUAGUAUUAUAGAUAUAGAUAUAAAACUUAACGUGUAAAACGUGUUUAUGCAAUUAAUGUUGUUAUAUUAAUUUGCACUGUUCUGGAGAUAAUACCCAACUAAUAGAGAAAUAUUUUUA